ACAAAUCAAGAUUUUUGAGCGAGAUGAAAUGAAAGUUCGCCUUCCGCCACAUGUCCGCCAUACUACAUUUUCAUUAUAUUAGUGACGUUCAUAUUAUUUUUCUGUUAGAUAGUGGUGUUGAGUAGUUAUUUGUUGUUAAUUUAAUUAAUUUUUAGUUUAUAUACUACAGGAUCCCGGGUAAACGGUUAAAUGAUGGAGUCGCCGAGGAAAUUUAACGAUUGCUACUUCUACUACUAUUCCACAUGCACUAAGGGGGAUAGUUGUGUUUUUCGCCAUGAGCCCUCUGCCCUGGGCUGUGAAACAAUGUGCAGUGCGUGGCAGCAAGGCAAAUGCAUGGAUAAAGGCUGCAAACUACGCCAUAUGGAGCUAAGGAAAAAUCGCAAGCAAAUAGCUUGCUACUGGGAAACCCAGCCUGGCGGUUGUCGCAAGAAGCACUGCCCGUUCAUGCAUAAGAACCCUGAUGCUCGCACCGAUGGCAUCGCACCCAGCCAGCCCGCUCCUGUAGUCAGUGCCAAUGCUCUCAACAACAUGCCAGAGUCGGUGGAGCAGGGCAUUCCUCUCAGCGCUGGAGUGCCAGUCUCCGCUGUACCACAGCCCGCGCCCGCCCCAGCCCCCGUGCCACUGCUGUGGCAGCAACAGAGACAACAAGCAGGACCUCCACUAGUUCUCGACUCGGCGAUCCUCGGCGUGUUGCCGGGCACGAGCGAGCUGCUGCCGCGGCGCGUGGUCGCCGCGCACGCGCACGCCCACUCGCACGCCCACGCCCACGCCCAUGCUCACGCCCACGCCCACGAGCAGCCCGCGCCGUACGCGCCUCUGCCCGUAGACCCGCUCGUCGUCAACUUCGAGGAAGAGUCGGAUAACGAAAGCGCCCCUUCGUCGACCCCCACCAAGUCGUCCCCCGAUGACGCUCAGAAAGUUGCGCGCACGAAGUCUCAGGAGUUGAUCUUGCUGGAGAGGAUCCAGGCGGAGGCAGCCGCCUUCUACAGCUACGACUCUCUACCUCCAGCGGAACCGGUCGUGAUCGAACGCAAGAUCGACAGAACCAAUCUAGCGUCCAAAUACGACAAGUUGACCCUCGAUGAAAUUGCAGGUAAAAAACAAGCGGAAAGAGCCAAUUCAUUGGACUUCAAAGUUUUGUCCUUAGACGAGAUUAGAGCUAGGAAGAAAAUAUCCGACGCCGUGAUACACACUACGCCUAUAACGUUGAAUUUGAAUCGAAAAAGAAAGCUAUCUACCCACGAAACACUUACAACGUCAGGGAACAAAAUAAUCAAAGUAGUUAGAAGCAAUUCCAUUGUGUAUAAGAAGUUAGAUCAAAACGUACCAACACAACCCAGUCAAGCCAAAGUGGAACAGAAAAAACCCGAUGAAGGCAGUAGGAAACGCACUCUAUCCGAAAUUAGUGAUAUUUAUGAUAUACAAGAAGACGAAUUAGUGGACAAUUGUUACGAAUUUAAACGUAUAAAAAUCGCGGAACAAAUCCCCAAGCCUAGACUAGUUAGGAAUAGGAGUGCUACUAAAUCGAUUAGCGAAAGCAAAGACGAAGAAGCAGAUAUAUCUAGCAAAAAUGGCGACGAUUCGGACACAGAAGUGCAAUUUGUGAGCAUGGAGAUACAUGAAGUAAAUACAGAUAUAACGACUAUAAUCGACGAUGAUGUAAUAGACGUUGAAACGUCCAAAAUGGGUGAACCAAUCGAUAUAGUAGAUCUAUGUGAGGAUAAAGAGGACAGUGUGAUCACAGCUUCGGAUUUAGAUUUAGAUUUAGUUAAGAAUGUCCCAGAUGUAGUCGCGAGUUGUCAUAAAAACUUAAGUAAAAACGAUCCCGCCACGGAUGUGAUAAACGAUAUAGACGCUUAUUUGGAUGAGGUGUUAUGAUCCAAAAUUGAAGUGAUUUUUUGGAUUUUGAUAACGUGGUUGGAACCGUUCGGCUGAUGUAAAGUGCAGUGAAAGUACAAAUGUACAGUUAGAAGUAAAAGUAGACAUAUGAUUUGUAGGUUUUAUUUUACGGGUUACUACUAAAUGUAGACAUGUUUGAGUCCAGCCAUUCAACUUUUUUCAUAAUUUGUAUUUCAAGAUUUAACACUAACAUUAAUUACGUAAAUACGUAAAUUAAUAUCUUAAUUGUUAAUAUUUACUUUUAAAAAUACUCCCAUCUUAUUUCUUAAGUUUUUGUAAAUAGUUUUUUAAAUAUUUAAAAACUUGACACGCAUUUUUUCUUGAAUAAUAUUGAAAAUUACAAAUGCGACGCUUCGUGUCAUACUGAUUCGAGAAUGUAUUCGUUUUUGAAUUUUGUGCUUGAGACGUUUACGACACCGUCGUGUUCCAUGCGUUCUAUCUGCCUAUUAUUUUUUAAUCUCUGUUAUAUUCAUAAAAAAUGCAUUAUUUAAUAUUUACUUCAUCUAGUUUUAACUUUUAGUUCAUUAAUAUCUUGAAAUACUUGUACUUGAAAUGUGGGAUGGCUGUAAUUCAUAUCAAUUUUUGAAAACAAAUAAUCUUUAAUAUGAUCUACGCUCAAGUACUUUAGAAUCUAACUUUAUUGUUUACGUUAUAUAUGGGUUAGAUUGUAAUUUAUCACAUUAUUGUAGGUAAGUAGGUACUUCCAAGACAUUUUUUUUAUAUUUAGUCUUUACUUGCAUCACAAAGUAGUGCAAAUUAAUUAUACAUGUUGUUAUCAACCCAUAUUCGGCUCACUGCUGAGCCGAAUAUGGGUCUUCUCUCAGAAUGAGAGGGGUUAGGCCAAUAGUCCACCUGGCCCAAUGCGGAUUGGCAGACUUCACACACGCAGAGAUUAAAGAAAAUUCUCUGGUAUGCAGGUUUGUUCACCGUUUGAGAAACGUGAUAUUUAAUUUCUUAAAAUGCACACAACUGAAAAGUGGGAGGUGCAUGCGGAAUCGGAGGCAGAGGUUAUAUUCACUGGGCUAUCACGGCUAUCAUAAUAGGCCCUAUCUACCUUUUAGUCUCAUCAUAAUCUUGAGAGUUACGUAGUAAAAGCAUGACUUACCAUAAUGUAAGUAGGUACUUGGUUGAGUAAUCAUUAUAAAGGCUAUCAUAUGUGUUUGGAACUUUGGAAUAGGUCGGCUAUUAUGAUUUUUCUUUCAAAAAUCGUCUAUGAUUCAAUAUUCAUCAGAGAAAUAUUUGUAACGGUGUAUAGCUAAGGGUUGUUAUGUAGCUAAAUAUUCUGGCUACUGAGCACAAGUCUCAUAUUAUUUCGGAGAAAAUAAGGAGGUGAAUGGUUACAGUUAUAAUUACAUUAAUUAAUGAAGUUUCCUUUAAAAAAAACUUACUGUAGUUUAUCUGUAUCUACCUUACCAAAGUUACUUGAAAAGGUUAUAGAUAAAAGAAAAUUAGAGGUUUGAAUGGUAAGCUCCUUACCAAUUAUUAUUUUGAGUGUUAGGUAAAUACGAAUAUACCUACUGAAUAAUCCAGGCUAAAAUAUUUAGUUUUUUAAAUAUUGUAACCAUAUUCGACAUAAAUAGGUUUUAGUAUUGUUUUUAUUACUCUAUGGUUUUCAUUUAUUUUAUGAAGACACAAUUGCUGUUAAAUGUUCAAAGAGCUUUAAUUAAAAUAAUUCGGAUUU